GGAGUUUCUAAGCUGAAAUCUUCAUUACAACAGCAACAUCCUCAACAUGAAAGUUUUAUUUGCAGCUCUUGUUGUGCUCAUAAGCCUGACGAUGACGAAAGGCAGUAUUAUAGAAAUAGCUUGGCAAAUGAUAUGUAAGACGAAAGUAGAAAAGCCUGGAAAAGUGAACGAGAUGAGAGAGUGCAUGGGUAAAAUCUUGAAAGAAAAGUCAGAUGGGCUUCAAGAUGCACUUCGAGAGUGUGAAUUUGCAAAAUUUCCUUACGAGAAGUAUGAAGAUUACUUGAAUGAAUUGUGCAAAAAGAAAAAUAUGCUGAUGUACAGGAAAUCAAUCAAUGUGUCGCUGAAAAAUUUGCAGCAGUUCAAAAGGAUCCAGAAUCUGCACUCUCUGAAAUGAUCGAUAACUGUUUCUAAUGAUCUUCAACGGACCACUUUAACAGCUGACGAAGACCAACGUCUACAUAUUACCUAUAAUAUAAUAAUCUGAAUCUAUCGUGGUUACUUUCUCUUUGGAAUAUGUUUAUCUCUCAAAUAUCUUUAUCUAGAAAAUAAAAUUCUUA